GGGAGCCGCAGCCCCGAGCCCGGUCGCCUCACUUGGCGGACGUGAGGCCUGUAGUAAAGAGUGAGGCCUGAGGUAGAUUACCCCUCCCAUCGAAUAUGUUAGUUUCCUGCUUACCGCGUAAACAACCCGCUCAACAAUAUAGUCUGCCUGGCAACUGAUGAUGUUAGCCAAUCAGCUUGCCUUGCUUACUUUAACAUGAUUGGACACUGUACCCGUAUAUAUACCGGUGCCACCCCUGGGCAGAAGAAGAAGCCAGAUAGAAGCCCGGAAGUAGAAGCCCAAAAGGAGCCGCGAAGAGCGGACCGGUAGAGGCUUUGGGGCAGGCUGAAGCACAAAAGGAGCCGCGGGGAGCGGACCAAAGGAGGCUUCAGCUGGGAGAACCCAGGGCAGGCUGUACGGAGAAGGAAAAUAAAAAGAAAAGGUUGUCCACUACCAGACUGUGUCGUGUGUCCUUCCUGCCGGCCGGGAGCGGACAUCGACAUUUGGAGGCCCGCCCGGGGACUGAUCACCCCCGCGACGUGGAAGUGGACAACGCUCCAGUACAGAGCUGCGAGACAGGGUUCUUUUCCAGCGUUGCCCCGCGAAUUGCGCUCUGCUCAACCUGGUCUGCGGAGGAGUGGAGAGCUCCUGAGUGCUCCCCGGCGCGAGAGGGAGGCGAAGCCUUCCGCCCCACCUUGGGGGCCGUUUCCGGAGGCGAUCCCUCGCCACGAGGCGGCCGCCUGGGAGCUCCCUCCCCUUUCGCCAGAACAGGAAGUGAUGCACGGGCCCCCAUUUUCCGCCCAAUCACGGCCGCCGUCUUAUGCUCCGCCGCCGGCGGGUCGGUAUUUUUACAGGCGGCUUUGGCAGGGGGGACGCUUGUCUCAUGAGGUACAUCCACCUGGGAUAGAUAGUGGCCCCUACGAGAUAUUUCCUGUACAAGUAGCUAUGGGCCAGGGACGCAAUGUAUGGGAGCCUUUUGAGAUAAAGCAGAUUAGAGAACUUAAAAAUGCAGUUACAACCUUUGGGCCGACUGCGCCUUACACCAUUGCCAUGCUGGAGAAUCUGUCUUCUGGGCCCCUCACCCCCGCGGACUGGAUUCAGCUGGCAAAGGCCUGUCUGCCCUCGGGCAGUUACCUGGAUUGGCGAGCCUGGUAUGCAGAGUUCUCUGCCGAGCAGGCUGAGAAAAACGCCAAUCGAGGAAACCGGGGGUGGAACAAGGAAAUGCUUAUGGGAAAAGGUCGGCACGCUGAUGACCAGACCCAGUUCCCCGGCGCUGUCUAUGAGCAAAUCAAUGCCAUAGGACUCCGCGCCUGGAAGCAAGUAAGUGGUGCUGGAACAGCCUCCUUGUGUCUUUCAAAAAUAAUUCAGGGUACCACAGAGCCAUUUGUUGACUUUGUGGCCCGAAUGCAAGAUGCUGCCGAUAAGAUAUUUUCUGAUCCGGGAGUGGCUCAACCGCUGGUAAGACAGCUGAUUUUUGAGCAAUGUACAAAGGAGUGCAAGGCAGCGAUAGCUCCUCAUAAGAACAAGGACCUCAAUGCCUGGAUUAGGAUAUGCAGAGAGAUAGGGGGGCCGCUCUCCAACUCGGGAGUGGCUGCUCUCCUGGCCGCGGCUGUACAGCAGAGGGGACCUCGCGGGUUAGAAGGGGAAUGUAAGGCUAAAGGGUGUUUUGCCUGCGGGGAGCCAGGACACAUUAAACGUCACUGCCCAAACAAUGCAGAUGCUAGGCCUCGCCCUAGGAAUGAAGAACCAUAUGUUUGUGGGCGAUGCAAGAAGGGAUCACACAAAGCUGAGGAGUGUAGGUCGGUCUUUGAUGCUCAGGGCAACCGUAUUUGUGGACAAGAUGCUAGAGAGCCAAAAAACGGCCAGAGGGGGCCCCCUUCACAGGCAGGCCCCCGCCCCAGAGACAGGACAGCUCAGGAUGGCAGCCUUCAACAAGGGCCACCCCUGGGUCAGCAGGUGUGGACCUCAGUGUCGCCUCCAGACUUAUACAGAAGGUCACCAUUAGGAUGGAUGGCGUUAGGACCCUAAAUGACAUGCAAAAGCUAUUGGGAGACAUUAAUUGGAUUAGGCCAUAUUUACAUAUACCAAAUUCAGAUCUCAAACCCCUGUUCGACCUUCUGAAGGGAGACCCAGAUAUAGCCUCCCACAGGAGGCUCACUCCUGAGGCAAGAGCUGCCUUACAGAGAGUAGAGGAAGCCUUAGGUGGGGCUACCUUACACAGAAUUGAACCAGGGCGACCCUUUGAUGUCUGUUUGCUACAGACUAGUCUACAGCCUACAGCGGUGAUUUGGCAGAAAGGACCACUACUGUGGAUACACCCUAAGGUCUCACCUGCAAAAGUCAUAGAGCAUUACCCGGAGGCAGUCGCUUCAUUGGCCCUUGAAGCGCAUGAUAGAGCUGUCCAACAUUUUGGCUCAGGACCACAAGCCAUCCGAGUACCCUAUACCGCCAGCCAGAUCAAGACCCUGGCUGCCUGCAUAGAUACUUGGGCCAUUCUGAGAUGUGUUUUCCAUGGGGAUAUAAACAAUCAAUACCCUAAAGACCCUAUCUUGUCAUUUGUCACUCAGCACCCUAUAAUUUUUCCAAAGGUUACUGCCUCUGAGCCAUUAGUCCCAGCAACUACAAUAUACACAGAUGGCUCCAAGACGGGGAUAGGCGCCUAUGUGAUCCUAGGCAAGCCCCCGGUUACCAUACAAUUUGAACCAGAUCAGCCUCAGGUGGUGGAACUGCAGAUCGUUAAAAUGAUUCUUGAACGGUUCUCAGAGGCCAUUAACAUUGUCUCCGAUUCUAGGUAUGUGGUCAAUGCUAUGCAAGUGCUUGAGACUGCCAGUUUAAUUAGAUCCACUUCCACAGUGGCUGGACUGUUCCUGUCUAUCCAGACAUUGCUUCAGAACAGACACCAUAAGGUCUUCACCACCCACAUAAGAGCACAUACAUCCCUGCCAGGGCCUAUGGCACAGGGGAAUGCGGCUGCUGACACUGCCACUCGCCCGUUAUGGAUUUUUACCUUACUAACACCAAUCGAGCGAGCCCGUGCCUUCCAUGAUAAAUUUCAUGUUAAUGCCAGGACACUAGCAAACCAUUUCCAUGUUUCUAGAGCAGAUGCACGAAAUAUCGUGCGACUAUGUGACUCCUGUGCCACAUACAAACCUGCCAUACCGAUGGGAGUAAACCCUCGAGGUUUGAUCCCUGGUGAUGUUUGGCAGAUGGACAUCACACAUAUACAGGAGUUUGGGACUCUUAAAUAUGUUCAUGUUUCCACAGACACCUGUUCUCGCGUCAUAUUUGCAACAGCAGAAACAGGUGAAAAAGUGUCUAAUGUGAUCAAUCAUUGCCUGGCGGCUUGGGCCGCAUGGGGCAAACCAAAAAUAUUAAAAACUGAUAAUGGACCAGCCUAUAUAGGCAAAGCCUUCAAUGAGUUCUGCAAAAUGAUGGAGGUUCAAUUAAAACAUGGUAUCCCAUACAAUCCCCAAGGUCAAGGAAUCAUUGAGAGGGCUCAUAGAAGCCUCAAAGAAAUUUUACAAAAACAAAAAGGGGGAGUAGGCCAAGGCCUGGCCCCAAAGGCACGAUUAUCCAUGGCACUAUUCACACACAAUUUUUUAAAUUUAAAUAAUGAUAAUCGCUCCCCAGCUGUGGAGCACUGCAACACUUCCCCCAACCAUAAAGGGUGGGUGAAGUGGAAAGAUGUCCUGACAGGACAAUGGAUGGGCCCGGAUCCGGUAAUCAGCUGGAACCGAGGCGCGGUUUGUGUUUUCCCACAGGAACCGGGACGAGAACCACUGUGGAUACCGGAGAGACUGACACGGACAACAAAGCCCUCGACUAAAGAUCAGACCUGCCCUACUGGAGAUCCAUCACAGACCAACCAACAA